AUGGGUCACACAAGGAAGUGGGGAACACUACCGCCCAAGCGCCCAUGCCUCUGGCUCUCUCAGCUCUUGCUCCUUGCUGGUCUUUUUCACUUCUGUUCAGGCAUCACCCCAAAGAGCGUGACCAAAAGAGUGAAAGAAACAGUAGUGCUAUCCUGUGAUUACAACACGACCACUGAAGAACUGGCAAGCCUUCGGAUCUACUGGCAAAAGGACAGUAAGAUGGUGCUGGCCAUCCUGCUCGGAAAAGUGCAGGUGUGGUCUGAAUACGAGAACCGCACCAUCACUGACAUCAACAACAACCCCCGCAUUGUGAUCCUGGCUCUGCGCCUGUCAGACAGUGGCACCUACACCUGUGUUAUUCAGAAGCCUGAUUUGAAAGGGACUUAUAAAGUGGAGCACCUGACUUCAGUGAAGUUGAUGAUCAGAGCUGACUUCCCUGUCCCUACUAUAAAUGACCUUGGAAAUCCAUCUCCUAAUAUCAGAAGGGUAAUUUGCUCAACCUCUGGAGGUUUUCCAAGGCCUGACCUCUCCUGGUUGGAAAAUGGAGAAGAAUUAAAUGCUACCAACACAACACUGUCCCAAGAUCCUGAAACCAAGCUGUACACGAUUAGCAGUGAACUGGAUUUCAACAUGACAAGCAAUCACAGCUUCUUGUGUCUUGUCAAGUAUGGAGACUUAACAGUGUCACAGACCUUCUACUGGCAAGAAUCAAAACCAACCCCUUCUGCUAAUCAGCACCUGCCCUGGACCAUUAUUAUCCCAGUCUCAGCAUGUGGGAUUUCUGUGAUCAUUGCAGUUAUACUAGCAUGCCUGACCUGCAGAAAUGCUGCAAGAUGCAGACGGAGAAGGAGGAAUGAGAACAUGGAAAUGGAAAGGUGGUCUGUCUCCAUAAAGUCUGUGGAAGGAUGA